ACUGCAGCUGGUGUAGGCAAACCCAACUGUUUUUAAAGUAGCUAGCUCCAGCCCUGCUAGUGCUGCACAUGGGGUAGCAGGGAGUCAGGACAGGCACCACAGCAUUGCCCUGCUUCUUAGCUCCUCCACAAAGCUCUUGGGAUUGCUGGCACCCGGCUCAUAGAGUUUUUUCUAGAGGAACGAAGGAAAAGAAGUGUCCAUUGUUGGAGGAGAAUGUGUGAUGUGGCUGUCUGAAUAGACCCCAUGGCUCCUGGGGUCAACCACAACAUCUGCUGGUGAGGAGAUCUGAUCCAACUCCAAAGUGGAGCUAAACUGUCACAGGUUGGCUUCCACUUACCAUUGGCUACUCCAUGGAGGCAGGGAGCUGGGGGCAGGAAAGUGGACGAGAAGCAGCCAUUCUUUGUGGCCUUGUCCACUGAUACUUCACUGAUCUGUGGGACAAAGCUAGGUGUGCCCAGGAUCUGAAAGCCAAGAUACACCUUGUUGGGCAACACCGUCUCUGAAUAUGGGAAAGCCAAAGCAGCAUCAUUAAUAGGAGUUCCUCAGAUUGAGCCCCGACAUCGUCCCUGUCCAAUCCCUUCUGAUCCACAUUGCUCCAAAGCAGAGAUCCAGGCCGACAGCCAGAAUCCAGAGUCUGGAUUGGGACCAAACCCUUAUUGCUGAGCACAUUUUAGACCGUGUUUUUUGUAAGAAUUGUCCAGCUGCGUUGGCAGGCUCAGGUACCUCUGCCCAUCUGAACAGAUGUGUGGAGGGUCACCCGUUAGCCGUGCUACAAGGGUACAGAGGUGCCACUUUUUCUCUGACUACAGUCGGCCUCACCACGGGGUGGGACAGUAUUAGGAUCCCCUCCACUCUUGCAUUCCCAUGGAGGAGUCCGCCCUGAUGCCACUUGCACCCCACUGAGUGGUAAGUCACGGUCCACUCGUCCACACCAAGCGGCUGAGUUAGGCCGCUGCUCCGUUGCUGAUGCCGGUGGGGGCUAGCUCUCUUCUAGGCUGCUGCAGGGAGGAACCGUGUGAGUGCAGACCAGCCCUUUCUCUACUCCCUCUUCACAGUGGCUGCCGAAGACCACGUGCAUCCAGAACUCGCAGCCCUCAACUGCACCUGGCUAGUGGUGAUCAGCGUGGACAGUGUUUGAAAUGAAAUUUGGCCUCAACCUGUUUAUUUUCAAAGACGUUUUGUGACAGGGAGAGAAAUACAAGGCAACCUUUGGCCGACUGAUCCUGAUGGCGUGCACAGGGGGAGCUACUACAGACCCAGCGAGACUUUUCCGUCUUGGCAUCCUGUGAUUUGCUGGGCUCCAGGACAGCCCUGAACAAGCAGACACACAGGGAACAGCAAGCGUCCUGCACUGCCUCUCCCAGACAGGACUCCUCCCAAGCUGCCUGUGAAUCAGCUAAACCAGAAUAGCAGGUCAACAGACAGGCAAAUUGGCUCUGAGAAGAAGAAAAGGUUGGGAGGGACGGGAGCGCUGCUUCGGGAUAGACCCAACGGCAUUCGCCAUGGAGAGCACGGAGGAAUCGGAGGUGGAUAUAGACAUGCUCCUCAAUGACCUGGAGUAUCUUCCUGGUCACUUCCACCUAGAGAUGAACCUGAACUUUGAGCCCAGCUCCCCUGUGAAUUUGAGAGAAAGAGAAAUGAAGCUCAAGAAAGAGAGCCUCAUAUCUGAGCUGGAGUUUGAGGCUGGCGCCUUGCAGUAUGCCAUCAGGAACCUCCUUGGGGUCUUCUCUUUCCACCUGGAGGAAACAGAGUCAGCCAAGGAGAUUUUCCUCGGCAUCACCCAGGAGGACCCUGGCAAUCUCAACGCCUGGGCCAACCUGGCCUACGUGUACGACCGGCUAAGCAGUGAGGAAGAAGAGGCAGAAUGCACUGAGAAACUCUCCCACCUCAUGGGCCUGGCCUCCAAAGACGUGUCCCAGGGGGAUGCCAGGCUGAGAGCAGCCCGCUGCUUGGCAGAGCAGGGCUAUGCAUAUGCCUUCGAUGUGGGGCUCGUCAGUGAUGAAGACAGGAUAGAGAAGCUGACCUCUGGCAUCCUGCUGUAUAACAAGGCUCUGACUUACGGGCAGCAGAUCCCUUUAGAGGAGAAAAGAAGCUGGUACUUCACCAUGGCCACCCUGUACAUCAGGCGAGAUGGGAUCCUGAUGAACCAGGAGAAUGACGAGCAGAAGAGGCUGCCUGCCUACAACAGGACCGUGGGCCUGCUUCGACAAGUCAUCAAGUCCCCCAGUUCUCACUACCGAGCUCUGGCCUGGUGCUACCUCGGGAUGCUGCUGGAAAAGAAAGAAACCUUUUCAACCACUCCCAUGGGUAUCCAUGACUGUGGCUACUCUGGGGCCGAUCCUCUCGACUGCUUUGGCAAGGCGAUAGAAAUAGCAGAAGACAAUCCAGCCACACUAAACCGCCUGGCAAAGAUCUUCCACUUCAGAGGCAAGCAAGAAAUGGCCAUGGGGAUCUGCAACAUGGCACUAAAUGUUGUUCAGGAUCCAGAGCUCAACUGGCAGGCAUACUGCACGCGGGCCAAGAUCCACCUUAAGCUCUAUCUGCAAGACCUGGAACGUGCAAAGUUGGGUUUGGGAGGAAUGCCAGACAGGAAACAUCUCACCAGUGCUAAAGAGGAUCUGGAAAGUGUGGUACAGGUGUGCCCGUGCCUGAAGCUAUACCUUGACAUUGGCCAGGUCUAUUAUUACAUGGGUGUGGAUGCCAUGCAGGAACUGUUCCCAGUGGAUGAAAACGCACUGAACAAUGCACUGGUAUUCCUCGCUAAAGCCAUGGAGUUUGACCUGGGGGAUGUGUUACCCGGAAUACAGCUGCUCCGGGGGAAGUGCUUGAGGCUUAAAAAUGAAGAGUCAAAUGCCAUUAAGUGCUUCAAGCGAGCAAUAGAACUGGACGAUGUGGGCUCAGCUAACACAGAGAGCUUCCGGUGCCUGAUGGAGACGCUCCUCAUGCUGUUUGGUCAGAAGCAGGUGAAUGCUGAGAUGCUGAUGCAGGAGGUGGAGCUGUGGGUAAAGAAGGCCGAGGAGAAGUACCUGAAGCGGUGUGUCCAACAGGAGCUGAGGCUGGUCUGGCGAAACCACAUGUCAGAGGUGAUUGAACUCGCCAAAGCGAUGGUCGCCAGGGGGAAAACGGAACUGGUGAAGCUGCUGUUAGAGACAAUAAAGACGGACUCUUACAAGGCCAAAUUGAACGAGCGGUCAAACUCCUUUUGAAUGGCUGCUGUUGACAUUGGACCCUGCAGCACAACGGCCACCUCUUAGUGCCCAUCCGGACAUUUUCCGUUCCCCAGGGCCUUGUAAAAGGAGGAGUCGGCAAACAUUAAA